AUGCGGCUCUGGAGUUGGGUGCUGCGCCUGGGGCUGCUGAGCGCCGCGCUGGGCUGCGGGCUGGCCGAGCGCCCCCGCCGGGCCCGGAGAGACCCGCGGGCCGGCCGCCCCCCGCGCCCCGCCGCCGGCCCGGCCACCUGCGCCACCCGGGCGGCCCGCGGCCGCCGCGCCUCGCCGCCGCCGCCGCCGCCGCCGCCGCCGGGCGGUGCCUGGGAAGCCGUGCGCGUCCCCCGGCGGCGGCAGCAGCGGGAGGCGAGGGGCGCCGCCGAGGAGCCGAGCCCGCCGAGCCGGGCGCUCUAUUUCAGCGGGCGCGGCGAGCAGCUGCGCCUCCGGGCCGACCUCGAGCUGCCCCGGGACGCGUUCACGCUGCAAGUGUGGCUGCGAGCGGAGGGGGGCCAGAGGUCCCCGGCGGUGAUCACAGGGCUGUAUGACAAAUGCUCUUACACCUCACGAGACCGAGGAUGGGUCGUGGGCAUUCACACCGUCAGUGAUCAAGGCCACAGAGACCCACGCUACUUUUUCUCCUUGAAGACAGACCGGGCCCGGCAAGUGACCACCAUCAAUGCCCACCGCAGCUACCUCCCAGGCCAGUGGGUAUACUUAGCUGCCACCUAUGACGGUCGGCUGAUGAAGCUCUAUGUGAACGGUGCCCAGGUGGCAACCUCUGGGCAGCAAGUGGGUGGCAUAUUCAGCCCGCUGACCCAGAAGUGUAAAGUGCUCAUGUUGGGAGGCAGUGCUCUGAACCACAACUUCCGGGGCUACAUUGAGCACUUCAGUCUGUGGAAGGUGGCCAGGACUCAGCAGGAGAUACUGUCCGACAUGGAAACCCAUGGCCUCCACACCCCUCUACCUCAGCUCCUCCUCCAGGAGAACUGGGACAAUGUGAAGCGCACUUGGUCCCCCAUGAAGGACGGUCACAGCCCCCGAGUGGAAUUCAGCAGUGCUCAUGGCUUCCUGCUGGAUACGAGUUUGGAGCCCCCUCUGUGCGGGCAGACGCUGUGUGACAACACAGAGGUCAUCGCCAGCUACAACCAGCUCCCGACUUUCCGCAGGCCCAAGGUGGUGCGCUACCGCGUGGUCAACCUGUACGAUGAUGACCAUAAGAACCCCAUGGUGAGCCGCCAGCAGGUGGACUUCCAGCACCAGCAGCUGGCCGAGGCCUUCAAACACUACAACAUCUCCUGGGAGUUGGAGGUGCUGGAGGUGAACAAGUCCUCUCUGCGCCAGCGCCUCAUCUUGGCCAACUGUGACAUCAGCAAGAUCGGGGAUGAGAACUGUGACCCCGAGUGCAACCACUCGCUGACUGGCCAUGACGGUGGGGACUGCCGCCACCUGCGCCACCCUGCCUUCAUGAAGAAGCAGCAGAAUGGUGUGUGUGACAUGGACUGCAACUAUGAACGGUUCAACUUUGAUGGUGGGGAGUGCUGUGACCCCGAAAUCACUGAUGUCACCAAGACGUGCUUUGAUCCUGACUCUCCACACAGAGCCUACUUGGAUGUUAAUGAGCUGAAGAACAUUCUUCGAUUGGAUGGAUCAACACACCUCAAUAUUUUCUUUGCAAACUCUUCAGAGGAGGAGUUGGCGGGAGUAGCAACGUGGCCAUGGGAUAAGGAGGCCCUCAUGCACUUAGGUGGCAUUGUCUUGAACCCUUCUUUCUACGGCAUUCCUGGGCACACCCACACCAUGAUCCACGAGAUCGGGCACAGCCUGGGCCUCUAUCACAUCUUCCGAGGCAUCUCAGAGAUCCAGUCCUGCAGCGACCCCUGCAUGGAGACGGAGCCCUCUUUUGAGACCGGAGACCUCUGCAAUGACACCAACCCAGCCCCCAAACACAAAUUUUGUGGCGACCCAGGACCAGGAAAUGACACCUGUGGCUUUCACAGCUUUUUCAACACUCCUUUCAACAACUUCAUGAGCUAUGCAGAUGACGACUGUACAGACUCCUUCACGCCCAAUCAAGUCGCCAGAAUGCACUGUUACCUGGACUUGGUGUACCAGAGCUGGCAGCCCUCCAGAAAGCCGGCGCCCGUGGCUCUCGCGCCCCAGGUCGUGGGCCACACCAUGGACUCCGUGACGCUGGAGUGGUUCCCACCGAUCGAUGGCCACUUCUUUGAAAGAGAAUUGGGAUCAGCAUGUGACCUUUGCCUGGAAGGGAGGAUCCUGGUGCAGUAUGCCUUCAACGCCUCCUCUCCAAUGCCCUGUGGCCCAUCAGGACACUGGAGCCCUCGGGAAGCCGAAGGUCAUCCAGAUGUGGAACAGCCCUGUAAGUCCAGCGUCCGCACCUGGAGCCCAAAUUCAGCUGUCAACCCACACACAGUCCCUCCAGCCUGCCCUGAGCCACAAGGCUGCUACCUCGAGCUGGAAUUCCGGUACCCCGUAGUCCCUGAGUCUCUGGCUAUCUGGGUGACCUUUGUCUCCACUGACUGGGACUCUAGUGGAGCUGUCAAUGACAUCAAAUUGUUGACUGUCAGUGGAGCGAACAUCUCCCUAGGCCCUCAGAAUGUUUUCUGUGACAUUCCACUGACCAUCAGACUCCAGGAUGUGGGCGAGGAGGUGUAUGGCAUCCAGAUCUACACAUUGGAUGAACAUCUGGAGAUCGAUGCUGCCAUGUUGACCUCGGUUGCAGACAGCCCACUCUGCCUGGAGUGUAAGCCUCUGCAGUAUAAAGUGGUCCGAGACCCUCCUCUCCAAGACGACGUGGCAUCUCUCCUACACCUCAAUAGAAGAUUCAAAGACAUGGAUCUAGAACUUGGCAAUAUGUACCAGUACCGGGUUAUCACCAUUUCAGGAACUGAAGAAAGUGAGCCAUCACCUGCUGCCAUAUACAUCCAUGGGAGUGGAUACUGUGGUGAUGGCAUUAUCCAGAAAGACCAAGGUGAAGAAUGUGACGAUAUGAAUAAGAUCAAUGGUGACGGCUGCUCCCUGUUCUGCCAGCAAGAAAUCUCCUUCAAUUGCAUUGAUGAACCCAGCCGGUGCUAUUUCCAUGAUGGGGACGGUGUAUGUGAAGAGUUUGAACAAAAGACUAGCAUUAAAGACUGUGGCGUCUACACACCUCAGGGGUUCCUGGAUCAGUGGGCAUCCAAUGCUUCAGUGUCUCAUCAGGACCAACAGUGCCCAGGCUGGGUUGUCAUCGGACAGCCAGCAGCAUCCCAGGUGUGUCGAACCAAAGUGAUAGAUCUCAGUGAGGGAAUCUCCCAGCAUGCCUGGUACCCUUGCACCAUCAGCUAUCCAUACUCCCAGCUGGCUCAGACCACUUUCUGGUUGCAGGCAUAUUACUCUCAGCCAAUGGUUGCUGCGGCUGUCAUUGUCCACCUGGUGACCGAUGGGACAUAUUAUGGGGACCAAAAACAAGAGACCAUCAGCGUGCAGCUGCUUGAUACCAAAGAUCAGAGCCACGAUCUAGGCCUCCAUGUCCUAAGCUGCAGGAACAAUCCCCUGAUUAUCCCUGUGGUCCAUGACCUCAGCCAGCCCUUCUACCACAGCCAGGCUGUACGUGUGAGCUUCAGUUCGCCCCUGGUCGCCAUCUCGGGGGUGGCCCUCCGCUCCUUCGACAACUUUGACCCCGUCACCCUGAGCAGCUGCCAGAGAGGGGAGACCUACAGCCCUGCGGAGCAGAGCUGUGUGCACUUUGCCUGUGAAGCCACCGACUGCCCAGAGCUGGCCUUGGAGAAUGCUUUUCUCAAUUGCUCCAGCAGUGACCGCUACCAUGGCGCCCAGUGCACUGUGAGCUGCCGGACAGGCUACGUGCUCCAGAUACAGCGGGACGAUGAACUGAUCAAGAGCCAGGUGGGACCCAGUGUCACAGUGACCUGCACAGAGGGCAAGUGGAGUAAGCAGGUGGUGUGUGAGCCCGUGGACUGCGGCGCCCCAGACCACCACCACGUCUAUGCCGCUUCCUUCUCCUGUCCUGAGGGCACCACCUUUGGCAGCAGAUGCUCCUUUCAGUGCCGUCACCCUGCUCAGCUGAAAGGCAACAACAGCUUCCUGACCUGUAUGGAGGAUGGGCUGUGGUCCUUCCCAGAGGCCCUGUGUGAGCUCAUGUGCCUGGCUCCACCCCCGGUGCCCAACGCAGACCUCCAGACGGCCCGAUGCCGAGAGAACAAGCACAAAGUGGGCUCCUUCUGCAAGUACAAGUGUAAACCAGGAUACCACGUGCCCGGCUCCUCUCGGAAGUCAAAGAAACGGGCCUUCAAGACUCAGUGUACCCAGGAUGGCAGCUGGCAGGAGAGCGCUUGUGUUCCUGUGACCUGUGACCCGCCUCCACCCAAAUUCCAUGGGCUUUACCAGUGCACCAAUGGCUUCCAGUUCAAUAGCGAGUGUAGGAUCAAGUGUGAAGACAGUGACGCCUCCCAGGGACGCGGGAGUAACAUCAUCCACUGCCGGAAAGAUGGCACCUGGAGUGGUUCCUUCCAUGUCUGCCAGGAGAUGCAAGGCCAGUGCUCAGCCCCGACCCAGCUCAACAGCAACCUCAAACUGCAGUGCCCCGACGGCUACGCCAUAGGGUCAGAGUGUGCCACCUCGUGCCUGGACCACAACAGCGAGUCCAUCAUCCUGCCCACGAAUGUGACCGUGCGUGACAUCCCCCACUGGCUGAACCCCACACGAGUGGAGAGAGUUGUCUGUACUGCUGGUCUCAAGUGGUAUCCUCAUCCUGCUCUGAUUCACUGUGUCAAAGGCUGUGAGCCCUUCAUGGGAGACAAUUACUGUGAUGCCAUCAACAACCGAGCCUUCUGCAACUAUGAUGGUGGGGAUUGCUGCACCUCCACGGUGAAGACCAAAAAGGUCACCCCUUUCCCUAUGUCCUGUGACCUACAAGGUGACUGUGCUUGUCGGGACCCUGAGGCCCAAGAACACAGCCGGAAAGAUCUUCGGGGAUACAGUCACGGCUAAGGAAGGACAGGAGUUUUCAAAGAAUUCCCAACGCCAAGACCUACAUCCCUUUGGUAUUGAUUUCACAGUCCGCUGCUCAAUGGAAUGGCCUCUCCACACCAGGGAUCCUUAGCACCCAACCGGUCUGCCUUUAAUUUCACCCAGGAAGGACUCAGAGUGGGGCAAAUGAACCAAGUCUCGCCAUGUUGAAUGAGAAUGGAAUCCCAUCCCAAAAUCUGAGAUGGAUGGCAUAUGCAGUGUGCAGUCCCAGAGCCUCCUAAAAUUCUAACCAUUUGUCACAUGACCACAGCAAAAACAUGUUCUGUAUCUAGGAGUAUGCAUAUCUGUGGUUAGAACACAUGCAUGCAUACACACCCAUACAAACAUCUGUGUGAGGACAGCUCUGGAGACUGAGCAGAAAGAGACUGGAACAAACUCAAUCUUUCCUUUCCCAAGCUCCUAGCCAACACUAUCCUUGGGAGAAAGAGAGUUACAGAAACUGCUAAGACCAAGUACUGAGAUGCCAAGAUUGCUCACAUCCCGGGGCUCAGAAUAUGUAUGGCAUGCACAAUUGUGCAGUCCUUUGGGAUUAGAAGUGAAAUGAUCCGUGAUCACCCACCUUCUAGGGAACUAGGGCCUAGGAAAAGGUAAAGAUUCCAAGGUAUGCAAAGCCCACCCCCCACCCAAUUAUUCUGCUGCCAUGGGGAUUUUAUCCCAACUCAAGGGUUCGAGGCCAAGCUGGAAAUGGCUUAGGACUGCAAAGUCAAGGUAUUGUAUCAGCCCCCUGCUUGAGGCUUGAGGUCAUAAGAUCCCUCCACAUCCCACCAGUUUCCCAGAUCUUGCCUUGGGACCACAUUUGCUGCUACUUUUCCUGCUGCUCUAUCUUAUACAUUAAGUACCCCAAGAUGGUAGAACUAGGUUAGGAAAAAACCCCACACAACCAAGCAGUCUGCCUUAAAAAUGACCCAUAUUUCCCACAGUUCCUCACUUAGCCCUUCUACAAAAGAAAAAAAAAAAAAAACCCUCAUGGGCCCACAUGGUGAGAAGCUAAGAACCCUAUGGGUGGGUCUCUUAUCCUGGAAGGGAAUUGAGGGACCUUAGAUGCUGGAGCCCUUCCAGAGAGUCCAGAAUGUCUAAGCCAGUGUUAGAUUUUGUAAUCAAGUGGACCAGUGUUAAGCUUCUGGGAUGUCGGAGCCAUCCAGAGACUAGGAAUUGUCAGGACGGUUGGAUUCUUAUGUGUCUCCUCGUCUUCCUAGCCCUCCAGGCUCGAGUCGGCAUUGAUUCUGAGACCCUCACUCUUGUUCUGAGUAGUUAGAAUUCUGGAACAGGGAAUCACCUUGGAUGUGAUCAGCGGGGCUGGGUUCUACAGGGAAAACAGAGGGAAGCCCAUAAGAUCACAGCCUUGGAAACCAAUAUGGUCAUCAGGUUUUCCAUAUAAUUUUCCAGCCAUCAGGACUCCUUUCCACACCUGUGAAUGGACAACCCCUCCCUCUCUUCCAUGUUCAGCUUCCAAAAGCCAAGAGGAAAUCAGCCAAUGGAACAUGGAAGUCUCCACCUCUAUUAGGGCCUCUUUACCUCUUUCAAGUCAGUUGCCUGUCCGUGCCCUUUGAAUUAAUAUGGGAAGAUAUUCAUACAGGAUGAAAUGGAGACAGUUGUUAAAUCUGACAUAUUUUUUGAAACCUGGAGCUGGGAUGUAAGGAGAUGGGAGGGUUUAAACUAAUUAUAUCCAUAGAGAUUACUGUAAAUCAAGUGAUCUCAAGUCAAGUGAAGACAACCAACAAAAGCAAAGUCUUGGACAGAAAUGGAAAACACCAGGCACAUGUGCAGCCCCUCCUAAUUCCCGCUUCCAAGACAGGCAUUAUUAAUCCAUCAUGUCCCCUUUUCCUAUUGGGACCAAAAAUAACUUCAGAAAUGAUCUUAUUACUCCCAACAGCCAUUACCUGUUGAUUAAGAACACUUGAAAAGGCAUCUAUUGGUCAUCUGUAGUCUGUUAUAUUAAGAAACAUAUCUGGUGCCUUUUGCACAGGUGCCCACAGAUGCAGUGUUGAGUUUAUUACAAACUCUGAGAUUAAGUUCCAGAAUGGGGAGGCUGCCACCACUGUGCAGGCCAGGCUCAAAUCCUUUAUAUUUCCUCCUUUAAAACCAUAUCACAUUUAUAUUGAGGGAUUUUUUAAAUUACCAGGGCCGAUCCUUAGCAAAAAAAAAAAAAAUAGUAAUAAUAAUAAUAAGAAGAAGAGUGCUAGAAGAAUUGACCUUACUUUCUAACCUUCUCCAUAUCGUAGAACUCUUGCGAACUCUUAGGGCCCCUCUCUUGCCCUAGCUGAGUUAGCAUACUGAGGUGUUAGUUUAGAAGGUACGAGCUAAGAAAGGUAAUAGGGCCAGACCUUCCAGAGACUAAAUUAUACCCAUAAGUAAUAGAAAAAGCUCUGAAACCCAAGACUGGCAUUACUAAUGAUAGGAUUGCAGGAACCGUGGAUAAAUCUCACCAGCUUCCCUUAUGUCAAUCCUAAUACCAUGUCCGCCUUCACUCUCACCGCCCUCUAUCCCAUCCCUAUAUUCUCCACCUGAGCAAAGAUUCCCAGAGGCUGGCUUUCAUCUUCAGAUCCUCAUAUUCCAUGGAGUCCUCUGGGUAAAGACCCACCCAGACUCCUCCUCACUGUCAUUCAAACUUGUUAUUUACGCAGAAGAGGCUGCUUGAUUGGUGGCCAGCCCCGGGCUCACAAACAAUGUGUAAUUAAUAGACUUUUCUCUAGACUUAUUAGAAGCAUCAGCUCUAUCCAUGCAAUGCAAUGCACUGAUUCCCAGUUCCAUUUUCUCCUUGGGAAUAAACUCCUUGUUACCUCCCUUCAGUUAUCUACUUGGGACAAUGGAGUACUCAAGAGGAGGUGUCUCUGAAGCACUGCUAUAUAUCCACAGUCCGGGGGGCCCUAAGAUGCUUAGGAGCUCGGCAUCUAAAGAAGUAUUAGCCUGUUAGCAGCAAGAAAGAAAAGAAGAGGGGGACAAUUCUCUAAGCUGUCCUGGGAAGUCUUUCCAAACCACAACCUUAACUGUCUGUUCAGAGGAUUUGCAUUACCCCCAAAUUCUGUGCCAACGAUCUUGCAGGCAAUCCAGUCCUCUGUCAGUCAGUUUGGGUUGGCAAAUGGGGUGUAAAGGAAGAGAGAGACUAAGAUCAAUAGCAGGCCUUUGGAGAUGGAGGGUAUCAGCUGCUACUUUUGGCUUCGGCACAUUGGGUCACUGCCUAGAUAAUUCUCUUGGUCUUAUUCCCAUCUUGGCCAAUGGUUAAAUGCUAUUUGUUGAAAAUAAUUCUUUGAGACAGAUUUCAGCUACCUCCCUUCCAGGUUUGAUUUAACUUGGUUGUAACUGUCAAUUUGUUAUAGGUCUUACCUGUGUUUAAAAAAAAAAGAAAGAAAGUGAGUAAGAGAAAGAAAGAAAGGGAGAAAAGGAAGGAAGGAAACCAUAAAGUCAAGUUAACAGUUUUGAGGUUUUGUGUUUUUUGUUUCGUUUUGUUUUCUCUGGAGCUACUUCAAGUAAGAAAAUAUAUAGAAGGAAUUGAUGGUGACAGAGCUGUACAGAUAGAAAUAAAUAGAGAACAAUUACAUUAAAAGGAAAUAAAAAUGCAUGAUUAACAACUAAGAAUAAAACCCUAUUUUUAUGUUUCCUAAAGAAAAUUGUUUAUUCUACAGACCAAGUAGUUAGAUACAGCAUAAAGAUUUCCGUAGAAAACAGAGAGUGGGGUUUUAUAACACUGUUAUUUUCUGUACAUUGUGGUAGGUCCAGUUAAUAUGGCAUUUCCCCCUUGGUGUGUUGUUGUUGUUGUUGUUGGGGGGGGGCGCUUCUUGCAGUUGUUGGGUGCAGUUGGGAUAGCAGGGCGUGGGGAGGGCUUUUAUUGGUUUUACCCAAUGUCAAGGAGAGGUACCACGUUGCUCUGCUUUUCAUGCUAUGAGGUGUUUGUAUUCACCAGUGUAGCACAGGGCUUUAUAUAGACUGCACUCAGGAGCACACCGCACAGGCCCAUUUCCUAAACAGCUGCUACAUGACCAGACAGGUAAUUCCAAUGUGCUUUGAGCAACAAAACAAACCAAGAAAACAACAAACAUAAAAGGUAAAGAGCAGAUGAAUCAAAAGCCUCUGUGUAAUUUUUUUCAAAUUUUGCCAAAUUGCUACCAAUCAUUUGCUUUUGAUGAGCAAUAUAUUCAUAGCCAAGAGAGGAGUGAGGUCCCCACCAUAGGGACCUCGAAUUCUCGACUCCAGGUAGCAGUUUGUUCAGUGAUCUUGAACAAGUGAUCCAAUUGCCUCUACAUUUUCCUCAGUUUCUCUAGCUGCAAAAUGGGGAUACUACUACUUACCUACCUCACAGUGGGAGGGCAGAGGAUUGUGAGGCCCUGAGGUUUGAAAUGGGCUGUGGCAAUCUGUGAGGACCAAGUUCUGACAUGAAGUCCAUGGUCAUUUUUCAACGCAUGGGUCCAUUGGCCUUUGAAGAAAGAUAGGGAGUCCUGUUGAUAUUCCAAAGCAUAAAGCUAGAGCCCCUGGAUUACUGCCCCCCUUAAGAGAGAGACUUGUAUUGAGGAAUACUUCACUUUUUAGGUAAGCCCCCUCCCCCGCCCCCUUAUUCUGGCCUUUACUGGUUCAAUGAUUUGAUUACAGGCCAGUUACUUCCUACAGAGUAAAAGUCAGUUUACUGUUGUCUAUUGAAGACUUAUGGGCCAUUUCCACCUUAGAGAGGAAGGGAGUCUCCCAGGUCUCCUCCUCCACAGACUCCUUACUUCUCACACUUCAGCUUCCACAUCCAGUGUUCCACGAAAAAAAAAGAGAUGGCAUUCUGAGUGCAAACCAGUCGGGCUUCUUAAACUACACACCAGCAGUCAGUGAGGGGAACUUCGAACAAUUACUGAGUUGCUUUCUUGGGUCUCUAUAAUCAAUAACCCGUCUGCAGAUAUCUAUCUAUAUAAAGAUAUUAUAUAUAAAUAUAAAUUUACAUAUAUAUGCACAUGUAUAUAUAGUUGUACAUAUAUGUGUGUAUAUAUAUACUUAAAUGUAAUAUUUACAAAAUAAAACUGUGAUCUCGUCUAGAGAAAAUGUAUUCAUAUUACAAACUGCUCUUCCAUAUUUAUGUAUCAUAUUAUGCCUUUUUAUUAUUGUUAUAAUUAUUAUGGGUAUUUCUAAUUAUUAUGAUGUUGAAAUUUGGCACCUUCUGGAAGCUACCAAAAAAUGACUCCAUUGAAGUGCUUAAAAUCUGUUCUCAUGAGAAUUCUACUGGCCUACUGUAAAAAAAUGAAAGAAAGAAAAAAAAAAAGAAAGAAUCUAAACACCAAAAACUAAACACAAUUCCAAUCCUUUUUCUGUACCUCACGCGCAUAAAUUUGCUGCUCCUAUUUUGGGUUUUAUUUUUUUUUCCUGUUUAUGUGUGUUUAUGGAUCUAAGUUAAGUCUUUCAGCAAUAUAAAAAUGUAAAUAGUAAACUUUAUUUAUUAAGAAUGUCAUCUUUUUUAAUUUAUAUUUACACAAUUGUUCAUCUAAUUUAUUUUUUCUAUACGGUUUUAAAUACUCAGACAUAUUUUGCUGUUCAUGAUAUUUUUAUCCUAUUCUCAUGAAUUUGUUUUUCCAUACCGUUUUCUCUGGUCUCAAUUACAGGUUGGAUCUCACAAAAAAAUAAUAAUAAUAAUGUCAAAGACAGAAAUAUUUUGCCACUGUUGAUUACUAUACUUUAAAGUUCUAUAUUAUGAAAAUAUAUAAUAGCUUGUAUGCUUCAA